GAAACGCCUCUCCAGUGGAUCGAGUUCUUCGCAGGCAAGGCGGAGGCGACCAGGAUGAUGGCCUACGUCUUCAAGGUGGUGUGGUACAUGCUGGCCUACGGAGGGCCCACGCCAAAACCGCAGUAUGCUUUGUCAAAUUCAAAAUGGAUUCAAUCACUGUGGACUGGUGCAUUGAAGGGUUGGGCGAAACGAGUGAAAGAGGCUCGUGUCACAAGGGACCCCGAAACAAUCCAGGAACUCUCAAACCUUCCAUCCUCUGGUUGUUUGAGGCAAUAUCCUCCCAGAUUUGGAUUGAAGCUAGUGGAGCUCUUCGAAGACCUCAUCCAGGACAAGAAAGGCCUCCCUCCUUUGCCCGAAGUUGUGCCUCCUGCAGAGCGCAUGCUGGAGAGCAUGUUCUUUGAAGACCUGUGGCCGGAGGCAGCCAUCCAAGAUGUCUGCCACUAUCUGAGGGGUGGAAAACUCCUCUCAAUCCCACAUAGUUUUCGGGACGUUUUGCCAGGCCGCCUUUGA